UAUGUCAUUGUGGCGGUUGGAGGUCGUCAAACCCUAGCUUUAAAUAGCUUGCUUCUUUAAUCUCGUAUACGAAGGGGAAGAGAAGGCAGACUUGUUCGACUUGGUGUUGUGGCGCAGCUUCUUCUCCAGUGGGAAAAACCCUGAUCAGAUAUGGCUAGGGGAUUGAAGAAACAUCUCAAGAGGCUCAAUGCCCCCAAGCACUGGAUGCUUGAUAAACUUGGUGGUGCUUUUGCCCCAAAACCAUCCUCUGGUCCUCAUAAAGCUAGGGAGUGUUUGCCCUUGAUACUUAUAUUGAGGAACAGGCUGAAGUAUGCUCUCACUUAUCGUGAAGUCAUUGCCAUAUUGAUGCAGCGACAUGUGAUGGUGGACGGAAAGGUUAGGACAGACAAGACCUAUCCUGCUGGGUUUAUGGAUGUUGUCCAAAUCCCAAAAACUAAUGAAAAUUUCCGGCUUCUUUAUGACACUAAGGGACGUUUUCGUCUACAUUCAAUUAGGGAUGAAGAGGCAAAGUUCAAGCUCUGCAAGGUCCGUUCUGUCCAAUUUGGACAGAAAGGAAUUCCAUAUCUGAACACCUAUGAUGGACGAACAAUUCGCUAUCCAGAUCCUCUCAUCAAGGCCAACGACACCAUUAAGCUCGACCUCGAGGCUAAUAAGAUAGUCGACUUCAUCAAAUUUGAUGUCGGCAAUGUCGUAAUGGUUACUGGUGGAAGGAACAGAGGUCGGGUUGGAGUGAUCAAGAGCAGGGAGAAGCAUAAGGGUACCUUUGAGACAAUUCACGUCCAGGAUGCUUCAGGCCACGAGUUUGCUACUCGCCUUGGCAAUGUCUUCACCAUUGGAAAGGGCACAAAGCCAUGGAUUUCCCUUCCGAAGGGCAAAGGCAUUAAGCUAUCCAUCAUUGAGGAGGCCAGAAAGCGCCUUGCUGCUGCUGCUUCAGCUGCCACUGCCUGAUUGUAGGUCUGUUACCUUUUUUUUUGUAGCAAAAGAAGAAACUAAGUGACCCAAGCUGUUUUUCUUUCUUCUGCCUUUGAGUAUUUGCUGAAACAGAACCGUAUAGGUAUUUCUCUCAUGCUUUGUCUAUGUUCAAUUGAUGCUUUCUUUAUGACAAUUUUCAAUUAUUUUGGUUUUCAUUUAGAAUGUAUUGGCCGUUUAA